AUGGCUAUACCACGAAAACAUCUAGCUUUUGAUAACUGCAUAGGUCAGGCUAUAUGUAUAAGACCUCUACAGAAUAAUCUACAGGAUAUGUCUCAUGUGGAUGAUGAAGAAUCAAAGCCUUCAGAAGAUUGUGUCAAAGAAAGGUGUUUGAUAUGCAUGACAGAUAUACCGGUAACUAUCCUCCUUAAACAUUUGGAUACACAUAAGACACUAAAAUCUCUAACAAAAUCUGAAUGUAGGUCAACUGCCACUGAUGUAGAGGAAAUUGAAAAUGAGCCUCCAGUAUCAAAUAUUGCAAUACAGUCAAGUGUAUUUAGUGCCAGUAUGCAAGAUGACGAGACAGCUUCACGCUUGCAUACAUUUACACAGACUCCAAAAAACCUCACUCCCAGAAGAAAUGUUGGUAUACAGACAGACAUAUUAUUAGAAGAAUCCCAUCUCAAACCAACUACAUGGGAGAUUGAAACACAGACUGAUUUGGUAUUAUGUGACAUAGAAGAAGCAGAUGAUCUCAACUGUAGUUUUAUUUCUAAUUCAUCUGAUCCUGAUUGGACUCCAUUGGUGGAAAAGCAAGAAUUGAACCAACUCAACCAGCUGAAGAAAGAAAAUUUGUAG